GAGCGGUGAGUACACUGCUCCGAGGACGAAGAAGAAGAUAUAGAAAACGAAGCCCUCAGUGGCUAACGGCCAUUGCCCUUUGUGGCUGGUGGCCACUGUUCCUAGUGGUGGAAGAAGAAGAAGAACGGCCAUUGCUCUGAGGUAGAAGAAGAAGAAGAAGAAGAAGAAGCAGCAGAAGAAGCAUACCUUCACGCGUCGCGUUGGCCCCCAGCACGAUGCCGAAGCAACCGGACCAAGACCCAACGAAUCCUUACUUCCUUUUCCCUUACAGAAGCGAAACUGAAGUAAUAGAAAUCUGCGAGAGCCCAUUGCAGAGCCUCCUCAACCGCUUACCCGUCAGCUUAUUUGCCCCAGAGGCCAUAGCGUCUUCGUCCUCCGACGUCGGAGCAACACCGGCAAAUUCACCUCGCUCGCCUCCUUUUGUCCGUCCUAUCCAGAAGCCACCUAAAAAGUCGACGCAAGUCCAGACAGACGACAGGUUCAUUGAUGGCUCACCCAGGUUCCAGACGACCGCUUGUCAAGCCUCUAUUCCAGAGCCAGCUGCCGCGAGCCAGCCGCCAAGCACCGAAGCUCCGGUGCGCCAAGGUAGCUGUUGCUGUUGCAGCUCCGAGUCGUGCGUUGCAUCGUGCCACUCCCUGGGGCGGAGCGGUAGCAGGGAGUGGUAUGAGAGCAGCCGCCAGCAGUACGACUUGCAAGCAAUGUUGCAAGAUAUGGCUUUGAGAAAUCUCGCGUUGCAGAACGCAGCCUUGGCCGCAGCGUAUCGUAAUUACGCUGCACCGCAAAUCUAUUCGUGUCCUACAGCCUCGUCGUACUCCUACUGGUUCUAUCCCAACUACCCACUGUAUCCACCUUAUAAUGCUUGGCUCGCAAUGUACCAAAUGGCGCAGUACCUGCAACAGCAGUACGCGCUGUCCUACUGGCAAGAUCAGUGGUACAAUAGGAGUAGCUCGGAAAGUCUGCCAGAACCCCAAGAUGAUGAACCCAAAAAAGUAAAAAGGAUCUUUACUCGACUCGAUGAUGGUGCCAGGAGGCGGAGAGGUAUUCGAGCUCUUCCUGCCCCACAAAGCAGCGAGUGUUCUCUUUGCGGAGGAGUAUGCAGGUUGUUCGGCGAGGGCGGAAGACAUCGGCGGGAUCAUCGGCGUGAGCAGGGGCCGCGAGCAGCAGUCAGCAAGAGUCACGCUGGAUCUCGGCGGGUGACAAGCGCUACGGAGUAUGCAAGUCCACAGGGGGAUAAAGCACGCUUUAACCACAAAAGGCCAAAAUCAAGAAUUGAUGCAAACAACGCGAUGAAUGGAGAUACUGCUGGAAGAGCAAUUCCAAGCAUUGAGCAGACCAGAGUUCUUCAAGACACUGCAAGGGUAGAACGUUCAGCUGUGAAACCAGAUAUUGUACAACCGUGUGAAGAUCAGACAGCUCCGACGAUGGUCCAAGAGAAGUCAUCUAACGUUGCGCAAGCUGCCGCUGUUUCUGGCCUGUCCGGAACCGCUGCAGUGAACAUGGCACUUCCUGAUGCGAGUAGAAGCAUUUCACCCAGCGGCGGAAAGGUGCAACAAAUGGUCAUUACGCCUCCUGGAGUCCGUUCACCGGCAGCCAACGAUGCCCCAGGCGGAGGAGCGGUUCAGCAGCUUCCGGUGGUAUCCGAAAAUGCAUCUGGCCAGCCACCGAUACCUGAAGCCGGAUUAGUUCCAACGGACAAAUCAGCUAGUGGAGCGCCAAAUGGUCAGGGCGCGAAAUCGAUAACGUCACCUACGGAAGUUCCAAAGGGCGCUGCAGGUGGUGACAACAAGUCACAAAACGGCGAUGAAGUUUUGGAACUGAACCCGAUUGCCAAAGUAAUAACCCCCAUUGGAUCUCCAACGAAUGCGGCGAAAGCAAUGGCCCAGGAAAUAUAUUCGCUCAAAACAUUGACAGCUGAAGCGGGAAGUCUCUCGCCCCUUGGAACCCCAGAAAAGAAAGGGAUCUGUAACGUCCAGCCGGCAGGCGAUCAGGGUAUGAUGGAAGCUAAUGCGUCCCCGAGUCAGUCGACAAAAACAGCGAAAGCAAUGACCCAGGAAAUAGAUUCGCUGAAAGCACUGACCACUGUAGCGGGAAGCCUCUCGCCUAUUGGAUCCCCAGAAAGGAAAGAACUCUGUAACGUCGGGCCGGCAGGCGUUCAGGGUAUGCCGGAAGCUACUGCGUCCCCGAGUCAGUCGACAAAAGUGGUGAAAGUAAUGGCGCAGGAAAUAGAUUCGCUGAAAACAUUGACAGAUGAAGCGGGAAGCCCCUCGCCUAUUGGAUCCCCAGAAAGGAAAGAACUCUGUAACGUCCGGCCGGCAGUCGAUCAGGGUAUGCUGGAAGCUAAUGCUAAUGCGUCCCAAAAGCAGUCCCCGGAAGGCGGAGUGUCAAGCGCUGAAGGUGCUGCUUCACCGAACACCAUAGUUCCUGUACCUGAAGGCAGCCUACCGGUAGGCGCAGGUGAAGCUCCUGGUGGGAACGCCAGCAUGGCACCCGUACAACCUGCUUCCGAAGGAAUGCCGCCAGUCAAUCAUGGCAGUGCGGCGUCUCCUGAAGCAAUCAUGAGCGCUGAAGAACAAGGAGUGCCUCAGAAUACUGGCGGAGAUAACAAUGCGGUUCAACCUCAAGUAACGGCGGAAGAGCAUAUCGUGAACGUGGACCCUGGCAAUGCCAAUGGAAGCGUCCCAGCAGCCCCUGCAGGGGGUGAUACUAAUAAACAAGAGUCAAAGGUAGACGACAAAGGGGGCUCUGGCGGUUCGAGUUCCACGAGCUCGGAUUCCGGAGGCAAUGUGGCUUACAGUGGCAAGGCUAACUUGGUCUUCUUCGCUGCGGCUGCCGUGGUGUUGCUCAUAAUCAUAGUUGCCGUAAUUUUGUUCUCGGGUAGUGGAAAGAGCGGCAAAAAAACCAAGAAACUCGUGCUGGUGCAGGGUACGACGCAUUUCAUAGACGUCAUCGACAAUGCUACGUCUUACGAAAGGAAGGUGGUGGACGAAACAACUUCGCAGACAGCUAAUUUACUGGAUAUCUGAAACACUAUACCUACUGCACUACUACUGCACUUGUGCAGACGCGUGCGUAUUUACCAAAAUAAAGUAAUAGAACAGAAAA